AUGUCUAUUUUUGCUUUAUUUUUCUUUGAAGAGACGCCCAACUACAGCUACUUACGAAAACUAUUUCGGCAGCUAUACCGUCGUAAUUUCAACUACUACGAUUAUGAAUUUGACUGGAAAAAUGUCCAACUCCUCAAAGAACGAGAACUUGCAAAUGCUGAAAGUGCGUAUGAAAAUGGUGAACGCGAGAUGCAAAAGAGACGCGAAACUAAUACUACGAAGGAACGACCCAGAGCAAACGACGAACUUCAAGCGUACGGAAGAGAGAAAAGUUUCGCCACAACGAGGGGGGCUGACUUCAAAAGUGAUCGAAGUCCUUUGGAGAGAAAACGGGAGAAACUUGAGGCACGAGCUGCUCGAUAUUGUAUGCACCUGUACACCAUUUUAGUCUCUAUUUUAUCAUAUUAA